AUGGCUCCUUACACGGUGAAAUGGGGCAUCAUGGCCACGGCCUUCGUCAAGGACCUGCUCAACGACCCCAAGACCCGUGACGUGCACGACGUCACCCACGAGGUCGUCGCCGCGGCGUCGUCCUCGUCCAAGUCGCGCGCCGAGUCGUUUUUCAAGGACUGCGGCGUACCAGGGUCUCCUAAGGCUUAUGGCUCCUACGCUGAGCUCGUGGCCGACCCGGACGUGCAGAUUGUCUACGUGGCCACGCCUCACAGCCACCACUUCCAGAACGCCAUGCUGGCCCUCGAGGCCGGCAAGAACGUGCUCUGCGAGAAAGCACUGACGGUCAAUGCCUCGCAGGCCAAGAAGCUGGUGGCCAAGGCCAAGGAAAAGAACCUGUUCUUCAUGGAGGCCGUGUGGACGCGAUACUUUCCCCUGAGCAUCAAGAUCCGGGAGCUUAUCACGUCCGGGGAGAUUGGAACUGUCUACCGUGUCACUGCCGACAACUCUUUCAACACGAGCAUGCCGGACGGCUCGCUGGAGUUUGACGACAAACACCGCAUGGUUAACACCGAACUGGCCGGCGGCGCCCUCCUCGACCUGGGCAUCUACUCCCUGACCUGGUUGUUCCAGACCCUGUACCACCUGCAAGAGAACAAGGAAGCCCCCAAGGUGGUGGCCAGCAUGAACAAGUACCGCACUGGCGCCGACGACAACACGACCGUUGUCCUUGCCUUCCCGGAGCAUAAGCAGAUGGGCAUCGCGACUACCGGCCUGCGCUCGGCGUCCGACAUUGAUGGGCAGGGCACGGCGGGCCCGGCCAUGAGGAUUCAGGGAUCCGAGGGCGAGAUCCAGGUCGCGGCCCCGGCCUACCGACCGUUGCAGUACAAGGUCAUAAGGAAGGCCAACCCGGGCAAGGUCGAGGUUGUCGACUGCCCAAUCCCCCAGGACAAGGCGAGGAACUGGGGGCAUGGAAUGUUCUGGGAGGCCGACGAAUGCGCGCGGUGCCUCCGGGAUGGCAAGCUCGAGAGUGCCAGCUUGCCUUGGCAGGAGUCCAUCGUCAUCAUGGAGGUGAUGGAGGAGGCCCUGAAGCAAGGGGGCAUCGAGUAUCCUGCGCUCAUCACAACAGACGUGUUCGACGCAAAGAGCCCCCUGAACACAGGCAAUCAGUAG